AUGGCCCCUUUCACAGGUAACGGAGUGGCCAUAAAAGUACCGAGCAAGGUCAGCCGCAGGGGACGUCGUGCAUGCAUUCCCCUACACAAACAUCAUCGGUCAAUUGACCGUCCGUUUGGGAUGGACAAACGAGGAGAGACAUUGUGCCGUUCGAGCGGGCAUCGAACAGUCCUUCUCACGUGCUUGCUGGCUUUUCACUUUUCACUUCGUUUUUCUUCCGAUCGAAUUGACGUUUCAAUUUGACAAGUGGCGGCACGGGCGUCUCGAGCCAGUAACUCUGUUUUGCUCUCCCGCGCGCGCCAAUCCGUCGGUCCGUUCGUUCCCGCCUGCCGCCACUUCAUAUCACUUCGUUACGUAAACAUAUUCGCCGCUCGAUUGGCACGACGACCACCUAAUAAUUUGUGUCGUUUCUUCCCAUGGUUAAGAAUCAAAUAUGCUGAUGGCACAUGCGAUGAGAGCCAGGGCGCUCGCCUGCUCUCUCUCUCUCUCUCUUUUCCUCUAUCUCGGACGUCUUUGACUCACCUUUUUUGAACUUUAAGGCAAGACAUUGUGUAUGUGUGCGCAAGAUGUGGCGGCUUUGUGUUCCAUUGAUACAAGCCGCUUGUGCAUAGUACAGUAAUACUUAGGCAAAGAGCCGCGGCUGCUCAACAACUUUUCAAGUUUUCAAAUAUUUCACAUUCGCGCCAGCUGCCUCUUCCCGAACAUCUGCUCGGUAUGUCACUUCGAACUUUCCAUAGCGCACAGGGGCUCUCAUAUCCUCUCAAAUGCUCAUUAUUAUGGCCUCCUUUUCUGUUACACUUGACAAAUUGACCAAGCGGGAUGAAUCCAUGAAAUGUAAUUGGAUAACCUCUCUUCUGGCGGUGUCCCCUCCCUUCUCAGGGACUCCUUCGAGUUCUCACACGACGCCUUUGUUUGUUCUGGCUUCUCCGGGUCCGUCCGACAAGUAUCCAUUCCUUCUUCUUCUUCUUCUCCUUUCCUCUUUUCCUAAUUGCCUCUUUCUUGACCCGCUUAUCGUUCCGAGCACUCCAAUCACUCGCCUAUCUUUCAAUAGUUGCAGAUCAAAAAACGACGCGACGGCAACGACGACGCAGAGCAAAUAGGUGCGAAACGAAACGCAAGUGUUGAUUGGUAACCUUCCCCCCUCCACUCGAGUCCUCGAAAGCUCACCGAUUUAGAUCGCAUGCUCAUGUCGGCCUCGUCCACAUCGUCUUCGACGUCGUCCUCGCAAGAGGAAAGCGAACCGGGCAAGAGUUCAGACGACGGCGACAAGAAGCGAAUGCAACAGUUCACGGAACGAGGCACGGGAGUGGGAGGAGCAGGCGGAUACGCCGAUUCCUCGAUGUCGACGCUCGAUCGGGUGAGUGACCGGGGGAAAAAGUGUAGACGGAUUGGGAUUUACGAACGAACCAAUCGACUGUCAGUCCACACCGAAUAAUAGUGAAAUUCGUUCAUUGUUAACCUUUCCUAGCAUCUCGGUAAAUGUCGGCAUUUUCUGAGCAAACUUUGGGGUGAUAGCAGCUUUUGAACAACAUUUCAGCAACUUCUGAGCAGAUUUUAUGCAAAAGUUGCUGAAGUUCUGCUCAAAAGAUACAGAGAUUAACCGAGUAUUGUUACAAUUCCCUCUUCUCUAAUUUAUUCUAAUUUCAGAGCCAUUAUCAAUCGCUGCCGUUGAAUGGAACCCGUCGGGUAACUGUGCAGUUCGGACGAAUGAAAAUAGUGGUGCCGUGGAAAGAAUCGGUUUGUUUCGCACUUCGUUCCGUUGUUUUUUUUUUUUUCAAAAAACCCUUUUCUCACAGGAUUCGACAGUAGGCCAACUCGCAGAAGCUGCGCUCGUUCGUUACAAAAGAGCGAGAGGAAUGGUAAGCGAAAGAUAGGUUAUCAGUGGAUUAAUGGUCAUUUUGGAAGGGAAGGUUCCCAUGAUUUACUGUCGCGCCCGUCUAUAGUUUCCCAUGAAUUCAGAAAAUCAACAUGCGGCGACCCAUGGAUUCCUCUUUCAUUCUCUCUUCCUUUUCCCGCCCGGACGGGUUAAUUCGACUGAGAACAAGGCCGCGGAAUACCUCCGCAUACGGUCUUUCUUCCGUCCGUUCACCAAAUAAGCCGUUUCGCCAGCGGAAAGAGUGCGCGAUUCCGAGACUCGCAGGCAGUGUCUGUGUGUGUGGCACACUGUAAAUAAUAAGUUUGGUUGUCCUCUUUUGCCUCCGCUGACUGUCAAAAACUCUCUUCUCCCGCCUGAACUCUGAUGUUCUUUUCCCUCAUUUUCUCGCUUUCGAGCAAACGGAAGGCAAUUCAGCUGGUGUUGAGCUCGUUCUCCAACUCUUUCCCCCUCUUUUCCUAUUCGAAAAAUCUUGUUCUUCUGAAUUCCUUCCGAUUAAUUUCCGAAAUGGACAGAAAAUUGGGCGUUAAUCGGCGCGAAUUCCACUGGCUUCCGGACGAUCUUCGUCGUCGUUUCAUCCGCGAUUUUGCAAUAAACGGAUUGAUUUCGACGCGCUUCGUCGGUUUUGUUUAUAUAACGUGCAUCUCCGUUGCGCCAAAGCAGACCAGGCGGAUUUUGUACGAAUCCCUCAGCUUUCACAGUAAUUUCGGGCGACCCGACGUGACUUUAUCAGAACCUGAUAAGACACUGCUUUAUCUGUUUUGGCAUUUAUCUUUUACAACCUUCUUGCUAAUUUAUGUCGCUCGGAAUUUGUCAAACAGAAACUGAGUAAUUAUCGCUGUAGUAAUGAGUCAUUCAUUACGAGUUGAAUGAUAUUAGGUUCUGAUGUUGUGAUAGGAAAUGUGGCGCCAACCUCCCACUCUGUCUGCAAUAGAUUGUGUGAUCGUUUCUUACAGUUAAGUUUUCUAGGAACUGCUGUAAUCCAAUCUUUAUCUGGAAAGUCUUCCACAGUGGUGGAUAAAUUUUAAAAACCGGUUUUUUUUAAACACGACUUUUAGCCGUCAUUCCUCUAUUUCAUAGCUCUCCUUCGGCCACUUGUGUGUUCUCUCUCACUGAAAAUCCGCUUGUGCUGCCAUUCGCUUCAUCCCCAUCAUCAUAAUCAUCAGCAUCCGUCAUAACAUCUUAUUUCUUUUCUUGCUUUUCCUGCCGCCGCCAUCAUUCUCUCUUUCUGCUAAGCGCGACUUCCUCUUCUCGAUCGGUCGGUCGUUUUCGCCGUUACCAGCUGAUAAACAGCAUGUUGUUGUGAACACAUAUACACAAACACACACACGUACACUUGAAAACUUUAUUUGAAGUUGUUCAUUCUGAUAAGAAGUGAGACACACGUAGACAGGAAAAGUUUAGUCAAUGUGUGAGAGUGCGUGCGUCUGUUUCUAUUUGUCGUUCGAUCCGCUGCCUGCCGCUCCCCUCUUUAUCAUUUCGAUCAUCUGCCUUUUACCCCCUUGCGCAAUCCGACGGCCUCCUUCUUCUUCCCCCGCUCGCUUUCCUUCUCGGGUCGGUUACUUGUAGCUGGAGCGAAGAGCACGCAAACGAUGAGUCAUUCAUUUCGGUCCGUCGUGCUGAAUGUAUUAUUGCAUCAUUCGGCCCUCUAGUUCCCACGUCUUAUUGGUCUUUUGCUUACCUGUCCUUUAUGAUCGCUCGGGCGCAGCGGGCACAUCAAAAUUCAAAAAAGUACGGUAGAGGGCGUUAGGUAUCACAGGGAGGCAUCUGAACAUACUCGUCAUGACCACUCGAGAAAGUAGUGCAACUUGUACAGUCCCCCGCGUUUCUUCGUGUUUGUUUUUUGUUCGUUCCUGCAUCGCCGGUACUUUUCUUCCUACUCCUCUCUCAUUCCUCUCACUCCCACACACUGUGAUAUCACUAUUUAUGCAAGCAGCUGGACACUCGAGUUGUCAUUUAUCCUGAAAAAAUCAUAGCAUCUGGGUUUAGUACCAGUUGUCCCAUCUCGAAUCAUGUGCUGGUUCAACUACAAUUCUCUCUCUCUCUUUCUCGUUUGUCGUCGGGUUUUGAAUACAUUAUUUUCGGCGUCCCUUGUAUACAUUGUGUAAUGCGAUUAUUUCUUUCUGGCAUCGUCCGUCCCUCUGUCAAUUGCAUGUUCGCAUCAAACGAUGAAAAGUCGAAAAGUGGAUGUAUUGAUCGUUUGUCUAUCAGAUUAAAGAUUAGCUCUCCUCGAACCGCAUCUGAAGCGUUAACAAUCGGGUCGCCAGACCAUUUUCUCCAUAGCCGAUUAACUAGCUCCAUGUAUUUUCUAAUUAGGCGGCUUUCCGUUGCUCAUUACAAGGUGUCCCCUUCCUGCCCAUCUGCUUCAUCGCUCCUACAGUAUAAUACGUCCGUCCGUCUGCUCCUUUGCCGCGUCAUCCUCGAUGUCCUCACCAGCGUCGUCCAUCAUCAGAAGAGACCUUUCCUCUUCCCUCUCACUCCUCUUUUUCACCUGCGCAGGUGCAUGAACAGCCUCUGAGAUAGUGAGGAGUCUUGCGGAGACGCAGUCACUCCGCGCGCAAUGACCAUGCUCUCGUUUCGGCCGAAAGAACGAGUGGGUGCCGGAGGGAGAAAGACGGAAAGAGGGACGCGACCUCUCUGCCAAAUACGGACGGACACACCGCCAGGUAUUUGUUAUAAUCAUCACGGUCCUCUCCAUCAUCGUCAUCAUCUCGUUUGCCCUCUUCAUUGCUUGGCUUCCUUUCCCGUUCAGCUUUUCCCUUUCCCUCUCUUUCUCUUUCUCCGUGCUCUACACUCCGCAAUAAGUUCCGUCUGCAAUUUCAGCAUCUCCUAGAUGUUCAAUUAGGCGGUCUAGAGAAUGCAAAACGGUCGUAGUCGAUACGAAACAUCAGUAAUUCCUCCGCCCCCGCCAUAUCAUUUCAAGCAUGUGCACACACCGCCGCCACGUGUCGUGCAACAGCAGCAGAAUCUGAAGAGCCGCGAACCACCCAUGUACUCGCCCAAAAUGACCACAACCACUGAUAAUGUGACGGUUAGUGACGAGAUAAAAAUUGGACGGGUUUUCCAGGCAAACGAAGAAUGUGUCCGUGUGCUCCGAUUGGAGUGCGCAUCAGACGGUGGGAUUCUGGAUAUGGAUGAUGUGCUGGAAGAAGUGUUUGAUUUGAAUUACGAUCAGGUUUGGUAGAAUGGGCAGAAGAAUGAUUUGAAAGACAAAGUAGAAUGUUGCUAAUCCAACUUUUUCAGAUACUGGCGAUAACCGAUGAAGCAAGCGGAUCGGCCACUCCAACCUACACGCCCAUUCAGAAGAAUCAGCAACAUCACUACGCACAGCCACUACCUUAUUCGAGAAAACUCGAAGGCCCAUCCACUCCUGUUGCCAGCGCUUUUGGUAAGUGCUUCAUCGCACAACUGAAGAAAACAUUACUUUCUUUUUCUAGGAAGCGUUUCUGUGAACCACCAAGCACAUCGGUCGGCAUCUCCCUACAAUGUCGGCUACGCCAGAAGUAACAAUCGAGACUUUCCUCCGCAAAAAGAGCGUCGAGAUUCUGUAGUUGAAGUAAACGGAUUCGAGAAUGCGCCUCCGCCAGGUCUCCGAGUAUCCACGCCAAAAGAACGAGUGGCCGAGGAAUUGCACGAUGAGCAUCGGCCCAUCUUAAGAUCGUCACUCCGCACAGAAGCCUCUGGCAAUCGAACUGAUGAAACGACGCCUACAAGGCAGCCGAGAGUGACUUUGAGUCCAGAAGUUGAAACAAGGCUCGCACAGCAAGAGAAUGAAGAACAGAAAAGUGAGAAGAGGAGGCAUUACGAGAGGAAUCCGGGACGUUUCAAUCGAGGAUCUGAUAGGAAGUCUAGAAUUAACGACGCUCUGCUAGAAGCGAGAGAACGAAUUGUGGAGCAACAAGAAGCGAAUGAAGACGCGAAGGCCCCUCGAAGGACAAGAGGAAAGAUCGAGGAGGGAUCUGACGACACGACAAUCAUCACAUUUCCUCUAGUCGAUGAUAAACUAGAAAGCGACGACGCCAGACAGAUGGGAAUCGAACUGAACGCCGUGUUCGAUGAGAUUCUGAACAUGCCGAGCACGUCAAGUCCCAAGCUAAUUGCUGUCCAAGUAAUGAAAAUUGACGAAGGCGGGCGAGUGGCAAAGGACGGCCGCAUCAAAGUUGGCGACUGCAUCAAGGAAAUCGACGGGCGACCGGUUCGUGAAAUGUCAAUUAUCAGAGCUCGUGCGUGGAUCAGAGAACUGCCGGCCAACCGAGACGUCACUCUUACGGUCACUCGUUCUCUGGAAUCGUUCCUAGAGCAAGAAGCUGAAGAGAAGGCCGCUGCCGAAUCAAAACCCAUCCUCUCGGCUCUUCAGCAGGCCAAUACGCAAUACAUCGGACACACGGCCGUUGUUGAAUUGAUAAAAAGUAAGAAGACAAGUCGAGACAUUGUACUUAAUUCACGGGGAUUUCAGGUGCUAAUGGAUUCGGUUUCACUGUGACGAGUAGAGAAACGUCAAAAGGAGAGCGUCUUUUCUACAUCGGAACCGUCAAACCGUACGGAGUUGCUCUCGGACACUUGAAAACUGGCGAUCGCCUUUUGGAGAUUAACGGAGAGUCAACUGGACAAUGGACCCAACAACAGAUAGUCGAGAAGCUGAAAGAGACGAUGGUCGGAGAGAAGAUUAAGUUUUUGGUUUCGAGGGUCUCGCAAAGCACUUCGUCAGGCAACACGUCGACAUCUUCUGAAAAUAAAGAAACGGAAGGAAUAUUGAAAAAAGAUGAGAAGAAAGAAGAGGCCCAGAAAAUACCUCUUCCGGCACUUCUCACGCCUCCAGCCUCCAGGGAUAUUCCUUCCUCUCGCUUUGAUCUCAACAUUCCAGUCAAUGGAACAGGAUCGGCUGGCCUCGGAGUCAGUCUGAAAGCGAGAGUGUCGAAAAGGUCGAAUGGAUCCAAAGAGGAUUGUGGCAUCUUCAUCAAGAAUGUGAUGCACGGAGGAGCGGCCUUCAAGCAAGGACACUUGCAGGAAAACGACAGAAUAGUCGGAGUUGAGGACGUGAAUCUCGAGCAAAUGAGCAACACCGAUGCGAGUCACGCGCUGGCCAAAAAGCUGAAGGAAAUCGGAGCUGCCGGGCGACCGUGUGUUCGGUUGACAGUUGUGAGGACAAACGACGAUCAUCCGGGCGCCAUCUCGCGAGAUUCAUCACGGAUUACUGUAGAUGCCUCCUCGCCAGCGCCAUCUUCCCGAAUGUCCUCUAACACGGCUCCCAACUCUCUUCUUCAGUCACCCCAAACUCGUGCCACGUCAUCCAGUGGAGUAGAAUCCUCGCAUUCCCGGCAAUCGUCAUCUUCAUCGUCAGUACCGGUUUCCUCGAAGCAGAACGAGCGAGACUCAAUAGUUUCGGAUACGACUAGACUUGACGAAUCGGAAAUGCCCGAUUCGGAUCCGUUCGACAGAGAAGCACCCGGACGGAAGAGUUUGAGCGAGAAGAGAGGAUUGGGAGCAGCUGCGGAUCCACAGCACAUCAAGCUGUACCAGGGGAUAAAGCACAAUCGGCAGAAUAGUGGUGAGCUCGGUUACGGUUACUUCUCCUUCCUCUGCCUUUUCUAGUUCUUCUCAGUUCCCCGAGUGUUACUUCUCAGCUUCUUCCUCAUUUUUAUGGCUUCCUCACGCUUCUCUCCCCUUUUCAGCACCGACGUCGUCAACUCAGAAGCGCAGCAAAUCGCAGCCACGUUCGAUUUCGCAGCGCAACUACCGUAGUCCACUGAAAGCGAUUGACAUCCCACAAGUUCCGCCCGCAUCGACGAUGCCACAUCAUCAUCUGUCCGUCGACGAGUCGGGUUCGUUGAUAUUCUCUUUUAGUUCCCUUGUCACUUUCCACCUUUUGCUUUCCGGCAUGAGUUUGAACUGUACCUUUUUCUUUGAAAUCGGAUAAUUUCACUAAUCCGCCUUGUUGCAGAUAUGCUUAAUCGCCGAUCACAAAGUAUGGAGAGCAUCAACCGGCCCGUCGAAAGUAUCCUUCGCGGAACAGGCCAAGUGACUCAGAACUCGAGUUCGAAGGUCCAGUUCAUGCAGAGAGCGGCUCCUGAUCAGCAUCCGUUCCCGCCGGGCACCGCUUUGAUGCGGCUGAAGAGCGAAGAUAGUCGAGCGAGAGACAAGUCGAGACGGAAAAGUGUUGGAAAGUGAGUAGACCGAACGAGCGUUUGCCCCUUCACCAAUCCGGUAGCCCUUUCAGUAAGAUGCGAAAUUUCUUCGGAUUCGGAAGCAAAUCAAGAGACACAUCGCCUGAAAAGUCACCGGUUCAGCUGACAUCAGUCGAAAGACCACGACCGGUUAACGAAGAACGAGGUCUGAAGAACAUGGUGGUUGUGCCACCGCCACCCCCUCCGCCACCUCAUCAAGGUCCACGCCGAGGAAGUGGAAGUGGAGGUGUCUACGUGGAUUACGGAGAACCGUACGGAAUGAUUCCACAAUAUCCGCACAAUUCGGUAGGUCGAACUGUCAGAAAACAGUAGUUUGUGUGGUGGAUGGUACCCGAAACAACAUGAUAACCAAAAUAACUUUUUUACAUGUCUAGCUACAUUUCUGUUCUCGUUUUCUUUUUUGAGUAAUCAGUUUCAGUCGCAGACUCUCGCAGCCACAGCCCCAGAAGGUAUUCGUCUCAUUUCAUACGUGAAGAAUGAAUCGCCACCGCCAUCAUCAGCCAUCGGAGUCUCCACCUCGCCAAUGUGUCUGGGCAACUCGAAGUUUUACUCGAGUUGCCGCGAACCGCCGAUCACUCAGCGUGCUAGGUACUAACCGGAUCCCUGCCAGCCGUCACCUUUGUUUCCACCCGUCCUUUGUCCUGUCGCGUCCUGUCCGUUCAUAAAUAAUCACUAACACUUUGGCCAUACCAUAAUCACUUUCCCCUUUUCAAUCACUUCGAAUCAUCUUCAUUUUACGGUAAUUUGUUCAGGCUUCCGGAUACGAGUCGUACGCCGACUCUGAGCUCUACGACCGAUACGCGGCGCACCGCUACAAUCCACGCGGAGGGAUCGACGAUGAUGAGUACAUCUACAGGCAACAAAGUAGUUCCUCGCUCAACCCGUCGUCCUAUGUCAACUAUGGAUUACCAACGUGCGUCUUUCAUUUUCACCUCAUCGAAAAAAAUCUGUCCUUUUCAGAACUCAUGCGUACCACGUCGAUGCCCGAUUACCACCACCGGCCGGCGGAAGUGUUACGACGGCCUCGAUGCGUCGUGCCUAUCCCAUCGACUAUGACGAUGACACCACCUACCAGCACAUCACCCCGGCUGCCCGGUACCGUCAGGGCGGGAGCAGUGGCCGCGGCGACUACCAUCACAUGUUCAACUCCUGGUUCGCGUACUCUGGCGGAGGCGCAGUCGGUGCCGCACCACUCCUCAAGUCCGCGUACGGAUCCUCGCCGGUCCGGAUCGCAGCCGCCACCGCCAUCGAUCGGGGUGAGUCGUUCGCCGACGCAUCCACUGACCGCCGCGGAAGGAGCACUUCGAGCGGGGCCCUCUCUACCGCAGGACCAUCCGGUGGUCAUCAACCGGCGAAGGAGAAGUAUGCGGAUGCUCGAUCUGGAAAACAAUUCAACGGUGGCUCGACCCGACUCUUUAUUCCUCGACACGGCGGAGGACUCAGUGCCGCGGCGUUCGCCACCAACUUUGGCUCCGGCGCCUCUCCGGACGGAUAUGAGGGCCCGCGUGGAUCCACCGGCUCGCCGAGUCAAUUCCGGCGCAGAGACAACGGGCCGAAUCAUCGUUUUCCCCAGUACUAGGUCGGUUUUAGCCUUGGACAAUUGUGAAUAGCUACGAAGUUAUUUUCAGAUUCCCAAUUGCCGCCUCUUCAAUGAGAGUCUCUUCAACCGCUAAACCAUUAUCAAAUUCUGUACAUUUGCGGCCUGUGCCAAAUAAUAAUAACAAUAGUCCGUCGGCGAACGAGCGAAUCUCGCUGAGGUGAGUCUCUCGAUGAUUAUGCAUCAGAACAAAGUUGUUUGUUUCCAGAGCUCGUAAGAAGCUUCAUCGAGAAGCAGUGACCCGAAGCGAGUUCUUCCUGCCGUAUUCGAACGAAAACAUUCGGCUAUUCAACAGUCUGCUGCCUCCCUCCACUUCCUCUAUCAUGACGACGACGCCGACGUCCAACGAACACACAGUCAUUCCGAUUUCACGGAAAUUCUAG